UGUUUUUUUUUUUACAGAAUCUCACAUACGACAUUGAAAUUACAGCAUGUAGCAAUCAUAUUGAUGAAGAAUUGUUCCAGUAGUUUUUGGGAAGCUAAAGUUUGUGUGUGUGUGUGUGUGCGUGUGUGUGUGUGUGUGUGUGUGGUCGGUCACAGUGAACUGACAAUUAAAUGUAGUAGUUACAGGCAGGCCCGAUGGUGGAAGGAGGAGAUACAGCGUCUGUCUCUAGAUUGUGAUUUUCUCAAGACUCGCCACCUUGGCUGCUUCGCCCCUCCCAGACCCAACUCGGUUACCAAAUGGUACGUGAACGGGAGUGGGUAUUUUGCGGACCUGACGGACGCACUGGAGAAGGCGGAGGAGGAGAUCUUCAUCACUGAUUGGUGGUUAAGUCCCAAAAUUUUCCUCAAGGAGCGUCCAGCACAGAAUAACCAAUGGCGUCUUGACCAGAUCCUCAAAUGCAAAGCCGAGGCAGGUGUAAAGGUUUAUGUACUGUUGUACAAAGAGGUUCCAUUUACCGUCAGCACUGACAGCAAGUACAGUAAGAGAACCUUGAUGGACCUGCACAAUAACAUCAAGGUUAUGCGUCAUCCCAACCACGUGACCUCUGGAGUCUUCCUGUGGUCCCACCAUGAAAAGAUGGUGGCUAUCGAUCAAUCGAAGGCCUUCAUGGGCGGGCUGGACCUUGCUUUCGGCAGAUGGGACGACAGUAAUUACAGGCUAACUGACGUCUUAGUAUCGGGCACAGAUAUUCAGGGUGCAUGUUCAGUUCCAAAGACUAAAAGGAAGGCUGUCACUGGCGGAGCGGAUGAUAAAAACACACUGUUGUGGUUAGGAAAGGACUACAACAACUUCUUCAUGAAGGACUGGACACAGAUAGACAAACCUUUUGAAGAUAUCGUGGACCGGACGAUGGUGCCGCGCAUCCCGUGGCGUGACCUUGGAGCCGUGGUCCAUGGGAAGGCAGCCAGCGACCUCUCGCGCCACUUUAUUCAGCGCUGGAAUUUCACUAAGAACUCUAAGAUGAAGUCUAAAGCCACAAUUUACCCGUACCUGCUGCCGAAGAGUCACAGUACUGCCGCUUUCUCCGAUUCCGAUAGGCCUUCCGGCGAGCCUGAAGAGGACAAAGCAACUGUGCAGGUGCUUCGCUCCGUGGGUUUGUGGUCAGCUGGGACAUCCGAAUGUUCUAUACAAAAGGCAUACAUAGAAACCAUCAAGAACAUCCAGCACUACGUAUAUAUUGAGAAUCAGUUCUUUAUUAGAGUUGAUGAGACUGCCGGAACUUCUGCUGCUGUUGAAACUCCUGUGAUGAGCAAAGGCAUAACAGAUGUUAUUGUUGAUAGGAUCCUGCUUGCACACGAGUACGAAGUGUACAGAGUGUUUCUGGUGAUUCCUCUACUGCCUGGGGUCAAAGGAGACAUCAGUAAGGGAGGAAGCACCAACAUGUGCGCAAUAAUGCAUCAUACGUACAGUACGAUUAAUCGUGGAGAAGGUUCCAUCAUAAAGCGACUUGAGAAAAAGAUGGAGGAUAAAUGGACGCAGUACUUCUCAGUGUGUAGCGUGCGCACACACUCUGAGCUUAACGGCAAACCCAUCUCUGAACUCAUGUACGUCCACAGCAAAUUGCUGAUUGCUGAUGACCUCUGCUACAUCAUAGGUUCGGCAAACAUCAAUGAUAGAAGCAUGAUGGGAGAUCGGGACAGUGAGCUGGCCGUGCUGGUGGUGGACAAUGCGAUGGUUCAGUCCCGAAUGAACGAAGGAGAGUAUAAUGCUGGAUCUCUCACACUCGCUUUGCGGAAGGAGUGCUUCAGGGUCCUGCUGGGAUCUGAUUCCAACCCCACAAUAAAUAUCGAUAACCCAGUCAGCGAUAAUUUUUUCAACGAGCUGUGGAACAAAACUGCCCGUGAAAAUACCUCCACCUAUGAAAGAGUUUUCGAGUGCCUUCAUUCAGACUCGAUUCACAGUCUGUGCGAGCUGCAGGAACACGUCAAAACGGAUACUUUGGCCCAGAGCGACCCGGAGAUGGCCGCUAAGGAUGUGCGCUCCAUCUGUGGCAUCCUCGUCUACUUCCCCCUGGACUUCCUGUGCGAGGAGAAUCUGCUUCCUCCAGCCGUCAGCAAAGAGGGAAUGCUUCCUGAGAAAGUCUGGACAUAG